CCCUGAGGCCUCAAUUCCCCUUGAAGCUUCAACCCCGCCGCCGAUAUGCUUUUCAACCGCCUGCUGCCGGCGGCAAUCGCCCUCCUCCCCGUCCUCACCUCCGCCUCCGCCGUCAUCGACCUCGAGCCCUCCAACUUCGACAAAAUCGUGCUAAAAUCCGGCAAGCCCGCGCUCGUAGAAUUCUUCGCACCCUGGUGCGGCCACUGCAAGAACCUUGCACCCGUCUACGAAGAGCUGGCUACAAAUUACCAGCACGCGAGCGACAAAGUCACAAUUGCGAAGGUGGAUGCAGAUAACCACAAGGACCUGGGCAAGAAGUUUGGCGUGCAGGGCUUCCCGACACUGAAGUGGUUCGAUGGCAAGAGCGAUAAGCCGGCGGAGUAUGAGGGCGGACGGGAUCUUGACAGCUUGAUGAAGUGGGUGCAGGAUAAGACGGGGAUUAGGCCGAAGGUUAAGGCGAAGUUGCCGAGCCAGGUAGUUAUGCUAGAUGACCAGAGCUUUAAGGAGAAGGUGGGCAAGGAUCAGGAUGUGCUGGUUGCGUUUACCGCGCCGUGGUGUGGACACUGCAAGAGCCUCGCUCCCAUCUGGGAGACUCUCGCCACCGACUUUAUGCUCGAGCCCGGUGUCAUGAUCGCCAAGGUUGAUGCUGAAGCCGAGAACUCCAAGGCCCUCGCGACAGAACAGGGUGUAUCGUCCUACCCCACCAUCAAAUACUUCAAGAAGGGUUCCACCGAGCCUCUUCCGUAUGAGGGCGCCCGCGGCGAGAAGGACUUCGUCGAGUUUAUCAACACAAAUGCCGGUACCCACCGCGCCGUCGGCGGCGGUCUCGAUGCCACCGGAGGCACCAUCGAAGCGCUCGACACCAUCGCCGCCAAAUUCCAGUCUGCAUAUGGCGACGGCAUCGAAGAGGCAAAGAAGGCAGCUGCUGGUCUACAGGACAAAUACGCGCAGUACUAUGUCAAAGUAUUCGAGAAGCUUAAGGCGAACAAGGCUUAUGCGGAGAAGGAGCUUAAGCGGUUGCAAGGCCUGAUUGGAAAGGGCAAUCUGGCGCCCGAGAAGCUGGAUGAUUUGAUGAGCAGGAGCAAUAUCCUGAGGAAAUUCCUUGGAAAGGAGGAGGAGAGAAGCGAAUUGUAGAGAGAUUGAGUAUGUUGAUUCAGCGCUUAGAUAUCCUUAGCAAGCAAGGUUUACGACGCUUUGGCAAAGGGAGUACGGGGAAAAGGACGUAUAUAGCCCAUGUAUCGAUAUGAGAAUGAUACGGCGUUAGUUGUUUGGAUGCUCGGAAAUUCGUAUAUUAGAUAUUGUGUUCUACGUGCACC